UUUGCCCUCUUCGCUUCUUCUUCAACUCUCUCUAUACCUUCCCUCCCUCCCCCCGCCCUCUCUCUACCCGGAGCAUCAAAUCUUGAAAUCCAUUGAAGAGAGAGGAACAAAGGGUCGGAGCAAAAACAAAAAAAAUCUCUUUUGAAAAUUCAAUAAAAUUGGGUUUUUUGGGUAGUGAUUCUCGAAAAACCCUUUUAGAUCAAUCAAUUCUGAGAAAUUUGAGCUUUCUUUUGUUGUUUUUGGUGUGCAAUAUGAACUGAAGCAGUAAGAGAUUGAAACAGAGAGCUAUGCACGCUUAUAAUAGACUACCGAGUAGUGGACACAGUAGCCCAUCAACGCCGUCAUCGCCACGUUCACGGUCGCCUCGUUUACGUAGCAGUAGUAAUAGUGGUGGUGGAGGUGGAGGUAGUGGUGGUGGAAGGGUUAAACCCAGUGCCCGUUUUACUUCGGGUCAACAGCCACCGAGAACCCUAGCAAAUUGUAUAACUGGGGCUAUUCUAUCUGUUCUGGUUCGUCGUCAGGGGAUUUUCCUAUUUGCUCCUUUGCUUUAUAUUGCUGGGAUAUUGUUUUAUAUGGGGACAGUACCGUUUGAUGUUGUUCCUAUUAUCAGGCACCGUCCUGCUCCUGGGUCUGUUUACCGGAGCCCUCAACUCUAUGAUAAGCUUCGACCUGAAAUGAACUCUGAUAAUUCCACUGCUGAUGCGAUAUCAACAAUUUGGAAAAACUCCUAUAGAGGUGGUGAAUGGAGACCAUGCAUUAACAAAUCCUCAGGAGAAAUUCCUGAAUCAAAUGGUUACCUUUAUAUUGAGGCAAAUGGUGGUCUGAAUCAGCAAAGGACAUCGAUAUGCAAUGCUGUUGCUGUGGCAGGUUUUCUUAAUGCGACCCUGGUCAUCCCACACUUCCAUUUUCAUAGCAUUUGGAGGGAUCCAAGCAAGUUCGGAGAGAUUUAUGAUGAAGAUUUUUUUGUUAAAACCCUAGCCAAUGAUGUGCGAGUGGUGGACAAGAUUCCUGAUUAUAUUAUGCAAAGGUUUGGUUACAAUAUGAGCAAUGUUUACAACUUCAAGAUCAAAGCUUGGUCCUCCAUCAGUUACUACAGGGAUACAGUUCAUCCAAAGCUGCUUGAAGAAAAGCUCAUCAGAAUAUCCCCAUUUGCAAACCGUUUAUCAUUUGAUGCUCCUCCAGCAGUUCAGCGGCUUAGGUGCCUGGCAAAUUAUGAAGCUCUUAGAUUUUCAAAUCCCAUUUUGAGUUUGGGGGAAACAUUGGUGUCAAGAAUGAAAGAACGAAGUGCCAACAAUAGUGGAAAGUAUAUUUCUGUGCAUCUCCGCUAUGAGGAGGAUAUGGUGGCUUUCUCUUGUUGCAUGUAUGAUGGUGGUGAAGAAGAAAAAAGGGACAUGGAUGCUGCAAGAGAGAGAGGAUGGAAGGGAAAAUUUACAAAACCUGGUCGUGUGAUUCGUCCUGGAGCAAUCAGGAUUAAUGGCAAGUGUCCCUUGACUCCUUUAGAGGUUGGUUUGAUGUUAAGAGGCAUGGGAUUUGACAAGGUUACAUCCAUCUAUUUAGCAUCUGGAAAAAUAUACGACUCUGAGCGACAUAUGAAACCACUAUUAGAAAUGUUUCCUCUUUUACAAACUAAAGAAAUGCUGGCAUCCCCAGAAGAAUUAGGCCCAUUUCAGAAUUACUCUUCCAGGAUGGCUGCCAUAGACUAUACCGUUUGCCUUCAUAGUGAAGUAUUCGUGACAACUCAGGGAGGCAAUUUCCCCCACUUUCUGUUGGGGCAUAGAAGAUACUUAUAUGGCGGGCACUCCAGGACCAUCAGGCCAGACAAGAGGAAGUUAGCUUUGUUAUAUGAUAAUCCCAAUAUCGGGUGGAAGAGCUUCAAGCGGCAAAUGCUUAGUAUACGAGCACAUAGUGAUUCAAAAGGAAUUGAGAUUAAAAGACCAAAUGACUCAAUAUAUUCAUUCCCUUGCCCAGAUUGCAUGUGUCGGACUAACAGGACUGAGGAUUCUAGAUCCUCCUCAGUAACGUGACCUAUGUGCCUGUCAAUAGGUGGUGUUCUUAUUCUCGUAGUACGCAUGAACUUCCGCUGCUAUCCUGUGUGCAUGUCAGCAGGUGCUGUUCUUGCUCUUGUAGUACAUAUGAACUUCAGCUGCUAACUGUGUGAUUCUUUCAUUUUUUUUCCUUCCACUAUGGAGAGGGGCUUACUGGAUCUUGGAGCUGCUUCUGGGAUUUGUGUGACCGAUCAAUUUGAUCAUCUCCCGGGCACACGUUUGAGGGUACACUUUUGUACUUGAUGGUGCGAGGAAGAAUGGGGAAGUCAUUUCCAUCAGUGAUGUAACCCCGAUCAUUGAUUUCCCAUAGCAGAUUCAUAUUCUUCCAGCUGCUGUAUCUAACAAGUCGUGAGUUGACACGAAAUAUAUUUGCACAUUAGUUUCAUGAGAGAGGAUUUUGCACAUAAGUGAAGUAGGAGUCCUAGAUUAUAGGAACAGGAUGAGAAGAGUGUAGGGUUAUCAGAAAUCAGGGUUCCAAAGUCUUACUUUGGAUAACCUUUCUUGCCAAUGUUAGAUGAUCUCUCCAUUGUUGAUAUUUAUUUGUCUCAGUUUCACUAGAUUUAUCAUCUCA